CACUGACGACGAAUUUGUUGACACUGAGGAUCACAAUUCGCAAGUUAACGAUUACACAGGAGAAUCCGCACAGUCUUCUGUCUCACCCAAGAAAUUGGUUGAUCGUCCUAUCACCAUAAAUACCUCCAUUGGAGAAUCUAAAAAACACGAUGACGACACACCGCAAUCUCCCUUUGGUGGUAUCACUGUAACCACCGUUAAAGUGGUAGAGAUCCUUCACAGUCCAACAACUGAUAACUCGGAUAUUGAUUCUUCAUUAAGGACAGAAGAGAGGAUAUCUCAAAUUGUAAAAAGUGAUUCAGUGCAGAGAAAACGGAGUGUGCGUCCUGAAGAUCAAAAAAAUUUGCCCAAGAUAGUUGAACAAAAACGUAAACGCCAUCAUCCUGUCUCGUCACCUCCGAUUCCUGUUGUACCAUCGACACGUGUUAUAAAUCACAAUCAAGCUGCUUCGAAAGUUCGACAAGGGCCCCCACAGAGGUCGUCGAUCAUCACGGAUUCCAUGGAGAACCAAAAAAAGCGCACCUCAAUAAUAAGUCCACUGAAGGGAAAGAGUCUUAAUCGACUAAGUACAGCGAAGGUUAAACAACAGAGCAUGAACAUACCAAAAGAAAUGGCAUUUAUCGACCCUAGGCUAAUAGCUAAAAGGUCUCUUGUAAGAACGCAAUCGAUAAGUCGUAGUAAUAUUGUACCCAAUAAGCCUUUAAAACGUGGAACUAGUACCCUAAGAAAAAGAGCACCACCACGGAAUAUGGAAUUUGCUUCCACUUCGAACCCCGUGCAUUCCAAUGACCCUACCGACAUGGAAUCCGACAUCAUGCCGAGGCGAACGACUGGUCUCCCUUGGUUACCGGGUUCUCCAAAGCCACCGAAAUUAAUCCAUGCCUCUCUGGUACCCCUUCCCAAUCGUGCUCAACGUGCCGCUUCUACGAACCCUAACCGUACUUCGAGAAUUAUUCCCACCAACCCUAAUCGAACUUCAAAAAUAUUAUCAUCCAUAAAUCCCAACCGAACUUCAAGAAUACUGUCAACCAUGAAUCCCAGGCGCAACUUAAAGAACCUGACAGCCGCCCUUCCAAAUAAUAAUAAUCUUGCUCGUGCUAGUUCUCUGCGAAGACGGUCUUCUGUAAAAAAACGUGCGUCCCUUGACUUUAGGCGACAAUUGUUAGAGGAGAGCCUAAUGAUAUCAUUUGGUGGUAUUCAUAAUAUACUACCUCAAACUCAUCCGAAACCACCAAUAAGAAGGAAAACGAGAAAAGAAAAGGAGCAAUCAGAGGUCACAGGGCAAGAUCAAGGAGAGAUGGUAGGCACGGAAAAUGUUGUAAAGAGGUUGGAGAUGACAAGAAUAAUAAGUACCCGAGAGCUGGCGAAAAAGGUAGAAGAGGAGAAUCGUAAGAAAGAAAAUCUAAAUGGUCCUCUACCGCCACCAAGACAGUCACCGAACGAAGUGAUAAGUGCAUCUGAGUAUUCUCCGCCGGUCAGGUCUAGGAGUAAUACGCUGUCGCUGCUUUCAUCGCCACCGGAACGAAGGCCUUCGAAACCAGAAAGUGGCUCAAACUCAUUGUUACAAUCUAACGAACCACCACCCUUCCCGGCUCAUCUGUCACGCACGACAACUUUUACCGAACACAAUCGCCUACAAUUUUCACCGCAAAGUAUCUCUCCAUCAAUUUCAUCCAGAAUGGCCCUCACACCUCCCGAAGAGUUUGAUCGUCCGUUGAAGAACGAUGACGAUGCACAUUCUCAUUCUCCAACUCAACAACCUCUGCCAAGUCCCAAAGCACAAAAACUUGGAAGACUCGGUGGGUUGUUUAACAAACAAACCAUCGGUUCACCAGGAACUUCGUACACCCCACCAUUACCACUGUCCUCCUCGUCACCUCCGACAACGUAUAUAACGCACCCUUCGUCACUAAUACCUACACGAUCGGCACCACCACCACCUGUGCUCAACCCCCCACCGCAAUCGCCGCCUCUGAGUCCGUCACGAACUCAAAGAUUACAAUCACAAUUGCCUCGAUUGAAUAAGGGCCGACGUACGAAUGAAACAGAUCAAGCUGCACCUAAUCCGGAGAAACUGAGAAAGAUGGAACAAUUUGAAGCUUUAAUUGCUGGCUCAGAACCAUCAGCCAGUAAAAAAUCGAAACCUGGUAAAAUAAGUGCACUUACUAACUUGAUAAUGACCAGCACUACUGCAACAUCGACCUCGUCGUCAUCCUUGAACACCGCAUCAUCAGCAAAUCCAACUGUUGAUAAGAAAAAAAGGGUCGCAGAUGGGUUACCCACGAUCAAUGGACAUCCGCAAUCCGGUGAAGUUUCCAAUGUAUCUGGCGGCAGCAGUGAAAAACGGAGCAAUGGGUUGAAAUCAAACCCUGAUGUCGAAAGGCUCUCAGUAGAGAAGGAUUCGGUAGCAAGAUCGUCUUUGACCUCAUUGGCUGUUUCAAUAACAGAGUCAGUUCAUUAUCGACCGGAAGAGAGAGAUGCACUGGGGAAACCCGUUACAAUGGGUGAAGAUGGUGUGAUCAGGGUCACGCUAACACCUGCCGUAUGUCGAUGA